AUUGCGCAUGUCUAAAAAGCAUACACUCUAUUUUUUUAUCAUCUAUAAAUGCCUGAUGCCAACUGUAAUCAUCAACAAUUUGCCUUCAAAUUUGUAGUUACGAUAUUUUAAUCAGAUUUUAUUCAUAUACCAAAGAGAAAAAUACAAAUGCAUAUCAAAUUGUAUAAUGGCAGCGAUUGUAGAAUAUUUUAAGAAUAUACCUCUUCACAUGGACUAUGAUGGACAAGCAAGGGCUGAAAAAUUAUCCAGAAUCAUAAUUUCAUUAUUUGGUAUUGUUGGCUUGUUUUGGGGUUACAUUAUUCAAGAAUUUUCACAAACAAUAUAUAUUCUUGGUGCUGGUUUUGUAAUGGCUGCAAUUAUUACAGUUCCUGCAUGGCCAAUGUAUCAACGUAAACCAUUAGAAUGGCAGAAACCACAAUCAGAAGUUAGUGCCAAAACAAAAAAGAAAAAAUAAAUGUAUUUAAAAAUUAAUUUAUAA